GCGGGGCGGUGCGGUGCGGGCGGUGCGGGCGGUGCGGGCGGCGCGGCGGAUCCGGCGUCAUGCCCGCGCGAGCGGAGGACUACGAGGUGCUGCACACGAUCGGCGCCGGCUCCUACGGCCGCUGCCAGAAGAUCCGGAGGAAGAGCGACGGCAAGGUCCUCGUCUGGAAGGAGCUGGACUACGGCUCCAUGACGGAGGCGGAGAAGCAGAUGCUGGUGUCGGAGGUGAACCUGCUCCGAGAGCUGAGGCACCCCAACAUCGUGCGCUACUACGACCGCAUCAUCGACCGCGGCAGCACCACCCUGUACAUCGUGAUGGAGUACUGCGAGGGCGGGGACCUGGCCAGCGUCAUCACGCGGGGCACCAAGGAGAGGCAGUACUUGGAGGAAGACUUUGUCCUCCGGGUGAUGACGCAGCUAACGCUGGCGCUGAAGGAGUGUCACCGGCGCAGCGACGGCGGCCACACGGUGCUGCACCGGGACCUGAAGCCGGCCAACGUCUUCCUGGACGCCAAGCAGAACGUGAAGCUCGGCGACUUCGGCCUGGCCCGCAUCUUGAACCACGACACGAGCUUCGCCAAGACGUUCGUCGGCACCCCGUACUACAUGUCGCCGGAGCAGAUGAACCGCAUGUCCUACAACGAGAAGUCGGACAUUUGGUCGCUCGGCUGCUUGCUCUAUGAGCUGUGCGCCCUGAUGCCUCCGUUCACAGCCUUCAACCAGAAAGAGCUGGCGGGCAAGAUCCGCGAGGGCCGCUUCCGCCGCAUCCCCUACCGCUACUCCGAGGCGCUGAACGACAUCAUCACCAGGAUGCUGGACCUGAAGGACUACCACCGGCCGUCGGUGGAGGAGAUCCUCGAGAGCCCCCUGAUUGCGGCCAUGGUGGCGGAGGAGCAGAGGCGGAACCCGGAGCGCAGAGCCCGCCGCUCGGGGGAGCCCGACAGGCCGCGGGAGCCGGUGCUGAGUGAGCUGAGGCUCAAGGAACAGCAGCUGCAGGAGCGGGAGCAGGCCCUGCGCGCCCGGGAGCAGCGGCUGGAGCAGAAGGAGCGUGAGCUGUGCAUCCGGGAGAGGCUGGCUGAGGACAAGCUGGCCCGAGCUGACAGCCUGCUGAGGACCUGCAACCUGCUCCGGGAGCAGCGCCUGUCGCUGGCCGGGGAUGCAGAAGCCCUGGAGCUCCCGGCCUCCGCCCUCAAGAAGAAGGUCCACUUCAGUGGGGACGGCAAGGAGAACGCCGGGAGGGUGGACGGCGCCGAGAGCUCCAGGUCCAGGUGCAGGGACCUGAAGAAGCGGCUGCACGCGGCCCAGCUGCGGGCACAGGCGCUGUCGGACCUGGAGAGGAACUACCAGCUGCGGAGCAGGCAGAUCCUGGGCAUGCGCUAGCCUGGCCUGGCCGGGGCAGCGGGCAGAUCCUGGGCAUGCGCUAGCCUGGCCUGGCCGGGGCAGCGGGCAGAUCCUGGGCAUGCGCUAGCCUGGCCUGGCCGGGGCAGUGGGUGGCGAGGGCCAGGCCGGUCGCGGUGCCCGUGUUCUGUGUGUAGCUGUGACGUCUCUGUCCACCUUUCCGUGUGUUUCGCCGUCCGCCGGGCGGUUCUUCAGCAAUAAACAAGACGCCUCAGGUUCCCGA